CACGCCUCGGCGCUGGCAGCGCGGCGGCUGCCGCCGCGGGAGAUCCGUGCGGGGUGGCGCGGCACCCGGCCGCGGCGAGGAGGGCGGCGGGCCCCAGCCGAGCCGAGCCCAGCCGGCACGAAGAGUGUCAGUCUGCUAUAUCUGAUCUACAAUGAAUGCCAAAUCUGCAAUCAACAAAGAAAUAUUUGCCCCACAUGAUGAAAGGAUGCUGGGAGCUGUCCAAGUAAAAAGAAGAACAAAAAAAAAGAUUCCUUUCCUAGCUACUGGGGGUCAGGGUGAAUAUUUAACAUAUAUCUGCCUGUCAGUGACAAACAAGAAACCGGCUCAAGCUUCUAUUACGAAGGUCAAGCAAUUUGAAGGCUCUACAUCUUUUGUCAGGAGAACGCAGUGGAUGCUCGAGCAGCUACGCCAGGUCAAUGGUAUAGAUCCUAACCGGGAUUCCCCAGAAUUUGAUUUACUAUUUGAAAAUGCUUUUGACCAGUGGGUAGCAAGCACAGCUUCAGAAAAAUGCACAUUCUUUCAGGUUCUUCAUCACACUUGUCAGCGAUACCUUACAGACAAGAAACCAGAAUUUAUCAACUGCCAAUCUAAAAUUAUGGGAGGAAACAGCAUACUCCAUUCAGCAGCAGACAGUGUGACAAGUGCAGUGCAGAAGGCAAGUCAAGCUUUGAAUGAGCGCGGUGAAAGGCUAGGUCGAGCAGAAGAAAAGACAGAGGAGCUGAAAAACAGUGCACAGCAGUUUGCAGAAACUGCACACAAGCUUGCAAUGAAGCACAAAUGCUGAGAUACUGCCCAACGCUGAAAUCUUCCUGAGAGAAACUGAAAAGUCUAGAUUCAGCAGUUUUUACGGGAGAUCAAGACUUGUAUGUUUUUUUCCUUCCAGUUCAGUGGAAAUGCAUUCUUUCAGUUUCUGUGCAGGAAAAAAUGUUGCAUUUCUACCUUUUUGACUUAUAUUUUGUUCCUUUUUUGUAAUACUGCUACACAGUCCUGCAGUACUUUGUACCUGUAUUUCUGUUGUUACAGGAGCUAAAGCAAACGGGAACUGGACCAAAUGACAAGCUCAUCAGGAUUAAAAUAGUAAUAUUCUUCCCCAAUACUCUUUCCUGAUACUGUAGGAUACUCUUUCCUGAUAUUGUAUAGCAAAGUUCUUAACUGGGUGUUGACAUUUGUGUGGAAAUAAAAUCCAAAGAAGGGAUACGCUUUCCUUCAUUUUAUGUAGCAUCAGCAGAAUUUGAAUGUUGGAGUUGAUCACCUGAGGUUGUAAUUAUGGUGGAGAUUACUGCUUUGUCCUGGGAAACAAACUCUUAUCCUACCCAGUGUAGGAAGUUUUGCAUGUGCCGUCACCAGCAUUCAGAAAUGCAUAUUUGAAUUUCAUAGUGGAAUCUGUCACCAGUGCUGCAUUUUGAAUAUUUCUAUUUUACCUUCCAAAUGGAUUAUUUGAGCAGUAGAAUGAAACAUACAGAAUGUAUGCUUGAAGUUUCAACAUUGAGAAAGGAAGUAAAUUAUGCGUCUAAACACACAUAGCUGUGCCUCAAACACAGUCUAGUAUUUAGCAAUCUGCUGUAAAAUAACAUUUCAUUUUCUUUUUAUCUAUGAUUCUCUGGCCUAAAGGCCUACAUAAUUGAGAAUUCACCAUUUUCCACAUCAUAGUUUUCAUAAUCUUACAGUAAGAAUUUUUGGGAACACUCUUCAGAAAUUUGAUUAGAAUGAUUUUUGUCUUUAGUUAAUCAUCUGAUUUUUAAAAUGGGGGCUUUGAAAAAGCAUGUCUCGGUACAUUAGAAUCAUACCUUCUAGUUUGUCUCUCAUUUUUCAACAUUUACAUUAUCACUGGAAGAGUGACUCCAUACUUCAUACUGUAUGCACUGUAUUCUUUUACAAAGAUAAGCAAGUUACUCUUUUUUUUUUUUUACUUCACAGAUGGUUUCUUAAUAUUUUUAAAACAUUCUAAUAUGCUUUAAUAUUUAAAAAAAAAAAAAAGCUGCUUUUUUUGUUUGUUUUACACCAUUAAGGAAGAAAUAGAAAGCCUAGCAGAAGUUUCAGCCUUCUCAUCUUCCAGAGAUGCAUGUUUUCAGCAAUGCACUUCAGAAUCUUCUGUCCUCAUCUUACCAGAGAUCCAGAAAGCUGUCAUUAAAUGAAUGUACUGUAGUUUUCAUUUUCAAUGUAGAAUUAGAUAUUUGCAUUAUUAAUGACACUUCAAACAGUCUAAAGUCUUCAGAGCAGUGCUUGAAAGAAAGAUAAAAGCUGCUGUAGUAAUUGAGAAUAUUUUGGUUACUGUAAGCUGAAGCAACUUAAAUUUUGUCUUGGAAAUACCCACCGUUAAAAGAUGUUUGGCUUUAGGGAAACAUUCUUAUAUGAACUUAGAGACAUCACGGUGUUAAAACUGAUUGCAUUCAAACUUUACAUUUAUUUUUUCAUAUAAUUUAAACUGAUUUAUAUGAAGCUUGUUAUUUAACUUCACAGUGGGAAUUGACAGAAGGCGUAAAUUUGUCAUCUGUGUAGUACCAUACGAUCAUUUAGACAGAUUUAGCAUCAGCUCUAACAGUUACCACAUUGUGCACUGUCAAUUGAAAAGGAGUUUGGCCAGCUCUGUGUUACAAGUCAGAACAGGCUCAUUAACAACAUGAGCUCUGCACACUCAGUCAAGCUACUUACAAUUAAUGCUUGCCCUGGAAACGUCAGUAGCUUUCUGAGUGCCAUUGUAAUGACUAUGGAUAUUUCUGCAAAUUAAUCAGGAAAACAAUCCCUCAUUAGAAAUUAAAUUUCUACUAGAGACAAAAUGUUAGACUAAUUUUUAAAAAUAGCUGCAUUAGAAUUCAGUCUGGGAGUACAUAUUUGACCACAUAGGUUGUGUCAUCAUCUUUUCCACUCUUUUUUAACUUUAUCCUGCUGCUAACUUCCAAGUCCGUCUCCUGAGAGAAGGAAGGAAUAGAUUUUGAACUGCUGCCAUCUAGCUGGCCUUCUGAGCUUGUCAAUAAUUCAGAAGAAAUGUUGAAACCCCAGAUCAGAUAAACCUGAAAAGAAUUACUUGUCUAAACAGAGAUAAAAAGGCAUAGGUUUUCAGGUGUUUACAUGAGUAUCAGCUGAACAGGUCAAGGUCACAGCUGCACUGCUAAGUUCUAGGUCAUUUGUGAGCUGAAUUGUUCUAAGGCAUUGCUUUAAUCCUAAUGACAGUUUUUCAGGAUUUUUUUUUAUAUCCUCCAGUUAAAUGUAUUGUGUUAUGUAUCAUAACUCAGGUCUUUUAUCUCACCAUCAAAAGCCAUUUACUAUGGGAAUUCUGAGUAACCUAGUGUUAUUGAAUGAAGGAAAAGGGGGUUAUUUGUGUGUUCACUUUGUUCUUGCUAUUCAUUAAACUACUAUGUUUGGUAGUUUUUAGAAGAAAAAAAUUAGAGAAGUAUGAAUGUCUAUCCAAAGGUAAAUCUUAUAGCAUUGCAAUUUCCUUCUGGAACUUAGCUUGUAGUGUAUACAAUAUAGUAUUAGAUAGUCAUGUACAUAACAUAUACUAUGAUUCAGGUUAAUGUUUCAUAUGAAAGAAUGUAUUUGUAAAUUGUAACAACAUCAAUAGUUUCUUUAUCUUUUUAAAGUUCUGCAAAGAAUAAAAAUAAUGCAUUGUUAGACUUGAAACUACUGUACUGCAAACUCUGUCUUAAAAGGCUACUUUUGUGUCUAGCAAAAGUUGUGCAUUAUGUGAAAUAUUAACAAAAAUGUGCUCUCUAAAAAGUGAUCUUAAGGGUAGAUAGGUUUUGCUAUGAUAUGCCAGAACUGUAAUACUUGCUGGUAUCUAUUGUAACCAAUUCCUCCAAAAGUUCUCAGAGAUGUAGAAAUUAUGUGCCAUUCUGGGUAUAAAAAAAAAAAAAAAAAGUAAAUAACAGUGGGACCUGCUCUCUACGGUAAUUACUGGAAACCCUGAUUUUGUCAUUAAAUACUUUAACUGUGAUCAAAA